AUGGCAUCUCCGUCACCCUCCACGCUCGUUCUCGGCGCGGGCGAGCUCGGCCUGGCCACCCUCAAGGCUCUGGCUGCACACCCAAAGCGCCAAGGGGGGAGCAUCACCGUGCUGCUGCGGCCGUCCUCGACCAAAACAGACGACGCCGACAAGCAGAAACAGAACGCCUACCUCGCCUCCCUCGGCGUGGCGUUCGAGGCGGGCGAUAUCCAAGACAACUCCAUCUCGGAGCUGGCCGCCAUCUUCAAGCGCUACCACACCAUCGUCUCGUGCACGGGCAUGUACCAGCCCCGGGGCACGCAGCUCAAGAUCAGCCAGGCCGUGCUGGAGGCGGGCGUGCCGCGGUACUUCCCCUGGCAGUACGGCAUCGACUACGACACCAUCGGCGCGGGCAGCUCGCAGGAUCUGUUCGACGAACAGCUGGAGGUGCGGGCGCUGCUAUGGGCCCAGACCGCCGUAAACUGGAUCAUCGUCUCGACAGGUUUGUUCAUGAGCUUCCUCUUCGUCCCAGCCUUCGGGCCCGUGGACCUGCAGGGCCGGGUGCUCCGCGGCCUGGGCGGCUGGGACACGCCGGUCUCGGUCACGUCGCCGGCGGACAUUGGCAAGAUGGUCGCGGAGAUCGUCUACGACCCGCGCGACAUCGGGCGCCAGGUUGUGUUCGUGGCUGGGGACACGGUGACUUACGGGCGGGUGGCGGAGCUGGUGGAACAGCGGUUCGGCGGCGAGUGGAGGAAGGAGGUCUGGCGGCCCGAAUUCCUGCAGAGGAGGCUCGCCGAGGAGCCAGACAACACCAUGUUCAAGUACCAGAAUGUGUUUGCCGCUGGCAAGGGCGUGGCUUGGGUUAUGGCCAAGACGGUGAAUGGACAGCGGGGUAUUGAGCUGGAAAAUCUCCAGGCUUUCCUAAGGAACAUGGAGGCGUGA